AUGUUCUGUGGGAUCGUAGGCAGAUUUGAUUGCCAAGGAGCUGGAAAGUGGUCCCCCAACGUGAGUGCUGACAAUGUUCCUGUUGCUACAUCUGCACCUUCAUUCAUUUCAGGCCAUGUCCGUCCUCAGGAUGUUGAAUCACUAGAGCAGGUUGCUGGUGAAAAUGGACUGGAGAUUCAGCAAUAUAUGAGUUCGUACGUCACAUAUAGUGCUGCAAUAUCUCUUACCACAUGGCAAGGAAAGGAAAACUUGAAGUAUCCUUGGGAGUUCUACUAUGUGAAGUAUAUAUUCACCGAUCCCCCAUUAGGGUUGUAA